UAUUUUUGUUUAAAUGUUUUUAUCGGGGUAGGGGCUGUUUGUUUUUGUAACAGAUCCUCGUCUUCAGUUUUCCCUGGCUGUGAAACUGAACUUAAGCUCGUUGUUUUCCUAAACAAACCUUGAGAACAUUUUUUGCCAUUUUGAAAACAACAAAAAAUGCAAAAUUAUGCAGAACAAAAGGACCUGUUGAGGUCAGGAGGAAAACCGAGCCUUCCUACCAUGUCUGGCAGAAGAAGUUGGCUCAGCAGGCCGCCGCUUCAGAGAAAUCAAGUCCUGAAGCUUCAGGAUAAAUUAAUUUACUCCCAGAGCAAAGAUCUWUCACAGAUCCCUGCUGCCAUUCGCAGCACCAUGGGUCAUCUAACCUCUCGGCACAUGGAGAUCAGUCAGUGGCAGGCCCACAUAUCCCAGAGCAUCAGUCAGGUGGAUCGAGAAAUUACUGCAGUGCAGCAGGAGAGGGACGUGGCUGAAGGUGUUCUUCAGGAGUUGCAKGUCUACAGUCAGAUUCUGAGUGACUGCGUGACGAUCGGCGGCGCUCUGAGCCCAGCAGGUCUGAGACAGGACCUGGUGAUCGAGCUGAAGAAAGUGGAGCACAUGAUCAAAACCAGAGAACUGCUGCAAAAUCAGGUCUUCGCUCUGUUGGGGAACCUCAGCUCCCUGGAGGAGAUCCGCACUCAGCUGCAGGCCGACGUUCGCGACAAGGUCGAAGCCGUCAAGCUCUUCACUAGAUGCAUCACCUGGGAGGUCAACACCCCCUGCUCCCAACUGCCUGCUGCUCAGUGCAGGCUCAACCACGUGAGCCAUGACAAAUGGCUGUCUCACAGCAAAAACCUGAAGAUAAGGGCUGAUAAACUCAUCAUGGAGUCCUUGACCUACAGAGGAACCCUGCAGUUCACUUUAGCCAAUAUCAAAAAUACCCAAGAGCACCAGCGCCGCAGGACUGAGGACACUCUCCAGAGGAAUAUCCAUAAACUGAACUGGGUCAAGGAAAUGCUGMUGUGGGAGAAACACCAGGUCAAGGAGGAUAUUUCUGACCUGACAAAAGAGAGAGAGAAGCUGCAAGUUCAGAUCAGAAACUGCGAGUCCAGGCUGCAUCAGACCCAGCACCGCCUGAACAUCCUCAACCAGAGAUCCAGAUAUGAGCUCUGCAUGGAUAACUCGUACGUCAGCCUCACGCUGGAGAAACAGGACCUGAUCAAACUAGUAGCGGAUCUUCGCCUGCUGCUGAACCGCUCUCACCAGGACACACAGCUCGCACUCAGGCGUCUGGCGGCUCUGGAGGACAAACUGGUCAGGAAUGGUGAGAACCUGGAGGUGGUGCAGCGCUGCCAGAGCCACCACCAGAGCUUCCUGCCUGCCCUGGCCAGAGCUGUGGUUAACAAGUCCAGGCUCCAUCCGACUCACCUGCAGUGAACUACACUGGCAGUCUGCUGCCACCUGGGGGUCCGAUUCAAUAAAAUACCUCCAAGAACUUUUCCUUUCCAUGAAGGUUUUUUUUUUUUUUGACCAAACUGGUAUAAAAUUUGAUCUUAAAUUAUGUGGACAUGAAACAUAAUUGGAAU